ACACGAUUCCUAAAUGAAAACAACAACGGAUAAGCUCGUUCGUAUGCUUUCACCAUCAUGUUGGACAACUGCUCGGAUUUUAUCAACCUUACGCAGCUGGUGGUUCCGGUGGUUCACAGCUACCCAGCUCUUGUUUUGGGGAUCUUACUCAUCAUGAUCGUCAUCUUCGGCAACGUGCUCGUGUGCCUGAGUGUUUACUCGGAGAAAGCUUUAAAAACUACAACAAAUUAUUUCAUCGUCAGUUUGGCGUUUGCAGACCUGCUGCUGGCGGUUCUGGUUCUGCCACUCUUCGUUUACGCAGAGUUCCAGGGUGGAGUCUGGUCAAUGAAUAUGUUUGUAUGUGAUGGCCUGAUGACCAUGGAUGUGAUGCUGUGCACAGCAUCCAUCUUCAACCUCUGUGCCAUCAGUGUGGACAGGUUCAUAGCAGUGGCCAUUCCUCUAAAUUACAACCGCAAGCAUGUGGACCGUCGUCAACUCAUCCUGCUGUUAGGCACCUGGCUGCUCGCCCUAGCUGUGGCCUCACCUGUUAUCUUUGGAAUCAACAAUGUGCCUAACCGUGAACCGAGGAAGUGUAUACUCGAGGACAAUAACUAUGUCGUUUAUUCCUCCAUCUGCUCCUUCUUUAUUCCUUGCCCCAUCAUGGUCCUGUUAUACAUUGGUGUCUUUCGCGGCCUGCGGCGCUGGGAGUUGGCCCGCAAGGCCAAAUUGAGCAGCAGCAUUGAAGCCUGCAGAAAGCUGCAGCAUGCGGUCAUCUCCACCGCCGUGCCCUCGCUGGCGGGCGCCAUCCCUGGGCCUUUGUCGAUGCCUCUACCUAGGAUGAUUGAAAGGGGCUUAGCUCAAUCACGGCUUGACGAUAUGGAUGACUGCAUAAAGUACGAGAUUCCUUACCCUCGUCAGUAUGGAGAGAACUCCAUACCCACAGUGACCUACAGACAAGAAGAGCACAGCAAGAAAGGAGCCAAGAUCAACAGCAGGGAAAGGCAAGCCAUGAGGGUGUUGCCUGUUGUCGUCGGCUGCUUCCUCUUCUGUUGGACUCCAUUCUUUGUGGUCCAUACCACUCGAGCUGUGUGCUUGAGGUGUGAGAUACCGCCCGGACUAACAAGUACGGUGACCUGGCUGGGCUACGUCAACAGCGCCCUCAAUCCCAUAAUCUACACCAUCUUCAACACAGAGUUCAAGAAAUUUUUCAAGAAAUGCUUCAGAAAAUGCUGCUCCAUGUGCUUGUUCUGAUUAAUACUAUGACCGUUUGCAUUGUCAACUGGUCAAGAUGUGGGUGGUUGGUGGAGAUUGUUUUGAUUUUGGUGUGCUCAUAAACAAUCUACAUACAGUCAUGCAUCAAUCUGUCGUACCACAAAACUGUCACUUGGUAAUAAUAUGUUCUUGAUUUUCUGCGAGAACAGAGAAGCACAAUCAGUUUCAGAGGUUGGAGAGCUUGUCUUAAGGAGCUUUUUAUCUUCUGUGCAUAUCUACGAAAAGGGACGUCUGCAAAGAAAAAUUAUUUCAAGCCUAAAAUGUGCUCAACUAGUGAGAAACUUUUUUAAAACGUGUUUUUCUCUCAAUAUUGUGGCAGUGCGCGGCUUGGCAAAAGGACAUUGAUGUUGGGAUAAUAGUGAUGUUGUGGAUGUGCUUUGAAAAUGGAAACGUUGUAACAGGAAAUUCGAAGUGGGAUUGGUACUGAGUGCCCUGGUCAGAUGAGGCCUUUGCUGAGCAAUUGUAUGCUCUCUUUUUACUUUUGUUAGUCUCAAAUUAUUUCAGUCACGAUUUUUUUGGUUAUGAACAUAGGGUAGCACUAGUUUUGCCUACAUGUGCAUUCCUUUCACUGACUGGUGAUCAGUCCAGGCGCGCACAUCAAGGUCACUCAAAAUGUAGCUUUUUGUGUAUACAAGGAAUAGGUAGAUCUCAAUUUAGGUACAUCUCAAACCCGUUUGCAAUUUUCCCUGAUUCAGAACUAAGUCUGGCACAGUGGGGCCUUCAACAUUAGACUGAGUUUCAAGUAUUAGAGACAGCUCUCAGUAUGAUAUAGUGCAGUUACAUUACAGAAUAUCCCAUUACAAAGACAAUGAUGGAUAUAUGCUUAAAUUCAUGUUCCACUGAGAGCUGGGCAUUAGCUUCAAUGGCUAAAUGUUGGACACAGCUCUUAUAUUGGAAUUUAUUUGAUUGUGUGAGUGCCCAGUCGGUGUACUGUGUACUGAGCUGUUUUUACGAUCACAUUUUACUCUCGAACUGAUCACUGAUCGAAAUGCCCCUUCCAUCAAUAGUACCACUGUAGCAUGUGAUUUUAUUUUCAAAAACUAAAUAUAAUCUCUAAAUUGUGUAUGGUGUUGGAUAAAAUGUCCUGAAAUUGAAAGUAUCCCUGUACUGAGCAAUAAGAGUUUAUUGAUUCAUGACUGACUGUGCUUACUGCAUCCACAUUUUAUGUGGAAACAUUGGUAAUAAAUGUUGGCAGCUUUUUUGUGGUCACCUCUGGCCAGGGUUCUGUCAGGGUGAAAAAUAACGACUCACUCAUGGGUGACUCUGUAGGGAAAUCUUUCCUGACUAACAUCAUCAACCAGGAUCUUAACUCGAUCUGCAGGCUUCAUAACAUUGAUUGGCGAUGCUAAAAUCAGCAAGCUGCACAUAUCGCCUAAUUCCUUUUCAUAUCAGUUCAUCAUCGCCUUUCGUGUCAUUAAAGAAUCUUGUACAGAUGACAUUUUUGCUGCUUCCGUGAAGAUUGGCGAUGUUACGAUUCACAAAACUUACAAUCUCCUGAAUGCUCGCUGGCCCAACUCAGCACUUCUGUGUCAUCCUUGAUUCGAUGUGAUUUUGUUUGUUUGUUUAUUUAACAUAUAAAACAAUGCAUUUAAAUAGCCACCCAUUGUCCUGGAGUUAUGCUGCAGAUCAUGAGUAGAUACAUCUUUAUAAUCAUGGGCCUCUUUUCUCUGACCGUUUCUGACAACAUGUACUUUCUACUGAAGCCGCUGGAACAAAGACUUACGACGACAUCAUCACAUGCCAUGCAUAAGACAGUAUGUUGAAGCUGGUUUAAAGGCAACAAAACCUGGCAAAGGUGUCGGUGAUCCAUUUAACGUGUCAAUUUUGGAACAUAUCUGGAGAUUUUCAUGACAGCGGUCAAAGAACCCAGUGAAGGACGUUUGCCUACAGCAGGCACUUCAGUGUUUACCAAUCCAGCCUGCCAUAUAUUUAAGGACCGCCAAGCUCUUGUCGGAUUAAUGACCUUGCUCGCUGUAGUGCUUCAAGUGUUGUUUUCUAGACCUCUCCAUACUCUCCAUAGUCACUCAUUAUUCAUAGAUUUUUUUUCCGAAGCUUUGUUAUUUUUUUCUUGAUACCGGUAUUUUUUAUGUUUAGCUUUGCAUUAUUGGCUUCUUGACACAGCGCUUUAGUUUAUACAUUGUUUCUCAUGGGACCUUGUGACCAGCGAUUUCUGUUUGUACGUGGUCAGUGCACUUUUCUGUAAAUAAAUAUUUUUGUUAUCGCA